UAGGAAAAUGCCAAAAUACAUCAAGUACCUAAUAUUCGCCGUGGAUUUAAAAGCAAACACUUUCCCAUACAUCCCAAACGUUACAGCAGCCAAACUGGGAAACGCUAUAAAUCCGAGUCGCUCGUGAAGGCAGCAUGGCUCACAAAAGCACACAGUACACGUCAGGGGUCAUUGUAUUACUGCGCAUGCGCGGUGUCCUCCUCCGGCUAACUCACUUCGUAAACACAAAACUGACGAAGCUCGUUCCUGAGAACGUAAGAGGAGCCGCCUUUAAAAGGAAGACCGUGUUGGUCUUCUCCAUCAUGGCGUCCACCUCUGAGGAGAAUGUCCAUGUAGAGGAGGUGGUGGUGGUGACAACGCCGGACAGCUCAGCUCAGAGUCCCACCGUGGAGGACAUGAAGAACAUGCUGGAGACCGCAGACCUGCAACAGCCUGAGGUGGAUAAUAUGGAGCAGAGUUUAGAGUCUGAAUCCAGUCCUGCCCUCUCUCUGCCUAAAGAAGCAGUGCUUGAUAAGUUUUCAGCAAAUAUGGAUAUGGAGACGGACAUCCUUUACCAAAUAACCUGCGGAGACAGCAAGGCUGACCUGGUGUGGAAAAAAUUCGUCUGCCCCGGCAUCAACGUCAAAUGCGUGCAGUUCAACAAUCACCUGAUUAGUCCAAAGGAGUUUGUCUACCUGGCUGGAAAAUCCACUCUGAAAGACUGGAAGAGAGCGAUACGGCUCAACGGGACCAUGUUAAGGAAGAUCAUGGACUCUGGUGAGCUGGACUUCUACCAGCACUCGAAGUUGUGCUCCAACACGUGCCGCAGCACCAAGAUUGACCUGGUGGGGACGCGAGCGUCUCUCAGCAGCCAGGCGUCCACCGAGACUGCACCGACUCCGUCUUCUACUGACGUAAAUGGAUCUACAGCCACGUUUACAACGGAAACCUCAGAUGACAGCACUGAGUGGGUCACGGCUAUAGGAGAGGACACCAUGACAUUCUGGAAAGGUCUGAAGGACGCCGGACUGCUGGAGGACAUCGUGGAGGACCUGCAGAAAGAGAUCGAGGAGAUCCUCAAAGGCCUGGAGGAACGCAUCCAAGAACCUCCGCUACAGGUCAAAGAUGCAGUUCUGCUCAACAAUAUUGUUCAGAACUUUGGGAUGCUGGACCUGGUGAAGAAAGUGCUGGCCAGCCAUAAGAGCGAAAUGGAUCGCUGCAGGGAACAGUACACUCAGAGCUUAGCAGCCCUGGAGCGCCAGUGUGACGAGCACCGCAAGCGCGCCAAGGAACUGAAGAGCAAAUCCCAGCACCUUAACAACGUCCUCAUGAACCUGACCCCUGUAGCCACGCCCCCAGCUCCCAAACGUCCCCGCCUCACCCGUGCCGUGUCCGGACCCGCCUCGGUGAUGGCGCCACCUGCUCAGCCCACCCAGUUCACUCUGCCCAUCACCCAGCUUACAGGCAUCCCAUUGGACAAAAUCCUGUCAGCCGUGGGAGGCUCCGCCCCUAAUCAGGCACCUUUUAUAGGGAGCUACACUGUCCUGACAUCUCCAGGAGGAGCAGAACUGCAGCCCGAUUCGUCCAAUCUCACCGUGCUGAGCUCGGAUGUAGCAGGAGGCUCCGCCAUCGUUAAAGUGCUCAGUCCAUUUCAGCUGGUCACGCUGCCCACUCUGGGAACCGGAACCACGCUGCAGAACCUGGCAGCACCAGCAGGGGGCAGCACCGUCGUGGCAGUGCCUGUUAGUACCACUACAGUGGAGACGCUGGGAGCUCAGGCAGAUGAGACAGCAGAGGGGAACGCUGAACAGCAAAGCAAAGACAAGCAGUAGAGUCAAUAAGACCUGGAUGGAAAUUUCCAUUGAUUUUUCAAAGAAAAAAAUAUAAGAAGUUUUUUAGUCUAAUUAGAAGGUGUGUGUGUGUGUGUGUGUGUGUGUGUGUGUGUGUGUGCGCGCGCUUUUUUUUGAUACGUUUCAUGUCAUGCACUGAAAUCUUGCAUUCCUUCAAUCUCAUGUUGGAUUGCUAAAACUAUUUUUAUUUUUGUUCCCGUGCUUUAGUUAUUUAUUUUUCUAGUCACAUAACAGCAACCAGUCCAGGACGGCGAGGGUUAAAAUGGCGAGGAUAAAAACGCCACAUCUUUUCACUCUAAUAGUCAUUCAGUGUCAUAAAAAACUGAAAGCAUUAACAAGUGCAGAACUCCCUUUAAGAAAAUCUUACACUGAGUUCACGCAGAAACGUGAAAGAUGAGCGUUCGCUUUCUACGUUUGUGCAAAACACAGAGUUAUGAUUUCAGCAUCAGUGACAUUCGAAUUGAGAUUUUCUCGAUUCUUUGCAAAGUAGGUGCGACUUAGUAAAGCGACAAAUCCAAACAAUUGGUUUGAAUAAAUCCUCACACCAAACCUAUGGUGCAUGUGAUCCGAUGUUUCUUCAGUUCCCCACUCACAGCUUUAGUUCCUACCUGCAAUUAGUUCCUGCAACAAAUGGAAGAAAAACUUACAACCAUGGUUUAAUCUUAUCCUGUCAUAUACGACCUCUCAUUAAAUGUAUAUAUGAAGAAAAGUCAUGCUUGAAGUAGUGGAGAUAAUUGCCUCUUGUGCAGUUAGCUUGCUUUGCUAAUCUGAGAAUGAAGCUAGUGCAAAGUCUAGGAUGUAACAUGUAAAUCAACCAAUUUUCACGAUGAUUAGAGCACUAUUGAAUUUGUGGUUCUGAAUCUGGUUAGCUUUACAAUUUAUAUAUAGCUUUACCUUUAUCUCCGUUUAUCUUUGGAGGUACAAAAAAAAAACAAGCAACAAACUACAAGCAACAUGAGCCACUUGUCGCAUGUUAUUGUGAACGUACGGUUACUCAGUUCUUCGCUCCACCUCACUUGUGCAGUCGCUGUCAUGAAACAAGUUCUUGGACCCCAUCGAGCUCUGAACCCUCUGGGAAAAGCCGUUUCACCAGCGCUCCUGCAUGAACACGCUCGGAGGAGAGCACUAAUGACUUAAAAACUAGCUACCAGGCACAAAGUCCAUACUUAUUUAAUUAAUGCUCUGUUGAAGGUACAUUUCUGAAUUUUACGUUGUUGGUUUAUUUGAGCAGAAGAAAAAAAAACCUGGGGUUGAUUUGGAGUGUUUAUGGUAUUCAUGUGUAAAUAUGUUGCUGUACUGUUACUGUGAAUGCUUUGUAGAUUUUGUGUUACUGAUCAGUGUUAUUUCCUAGCUUUCCCCUGAUAAAAGGAGUUCAAGAAAA